UCCCGGGCUCGUCCGCGGGUGCCCAAAGCCGCCCUGCCCAGGCUGGCCUGGGCCGGGACUGAAGGUCCAGAAGGACCCCUGACUGUCCCCGAGCAGUGUCUAGACCGCACGCUGCAGCCCCGCACUUCGAGACCCCAGCACAAAGACGGGGAGGCGCCGGGUCAUGCCCGCUCGGUACCCGCAGCUCCACGGCAGAGGAUGCUGCCAACUGAGUAGCGCACCCCACGAGAGCCACGCCUGCCUCGGGACCUGGGUUUGGACGCCCCAAAAGAAGGGGGUCUCCGUGCAUGAUGUGAGAUGCGCCCAACUCACCCCAACUUAUACAACUUCCGAAGAUCUGGGACCGAAACCAGGGAUGUGAUGACCCAGGCCCUUAGAGGAAGAGGCAGUUCUGUUGAGAAACUUGGGCAUUCUAGCGACUGAUGGAAAGCUAACCUUUACCAAGUCGUUGAGAGGUUGGACAACUUGUCUGGUUACAAAAUAGCUCCAGAGAAUGGAGGGGACCCUUUCGGCACUAGGCACUUUGAUCACCUUUUGUCCACAGGAGAGUUUAGACUUUCUAAUGUGCAGUUACCGAAAAACAAUGGACGUUAACUUACUUCAGUAAAGUCUGAGAAAAAGAGACCAUCCUCCAGUCGUACUGACCCCGAGAUGGGCACUGAGAGUGAUGCCUCCAGCGAAAGAGAGUGUGUGUGUCAUUACAGAAGUCAAAUAGGGAGUUCUUUCCUAGCUCAGCUCACUGAAGAUCCAGGCCUGGCCCUAGAGGAGAGCAUGGAGCCACAAGCAAUGUCUCCUGGCAACCAGAAGACCCCAUCCCAGCCGUCAGUGACAUAUAAGGAUGUGGCUGUGGACUUCACCCAAGAGGAGUGGUACCUCCUGGACCCUUCUCAGAAGGCUCUCUACAGGGAUGUCAUGCUGGAGACAUCCCAGCACUUGCUCUCUCUAGGGCUUCCAGUUCCCAAGGUAGAACUGAUUUCCCAUUUGGACCGAGGGGAAGCACCAUGGUUGUUGGAAGAAGAAUACCAAAGGAAAUCCUGUCUAGAUGGGGGAACCAUACCUCAGACCAAGGAGCCUUCUCCAAAGCUGAGUAUUUCCUGUGAUUUCAAUUUGAAAGAAUCCUGGCAUUGUGAUAUCAAGUUAGAGAAGAGGAAACAUAACUGGAGGAGUCAUUCCAGACGAUUAAAAAUGAUCCUCAGGAAAACUCCAGGUGAAGAGAGAGAUGAUGAAUAUAAUAAAUGUAAGAGGAAUUCAACCCUUUCUGUCCUCCGAGUUCCCAUAGGAAAGAUCCACCACGAAUAUGACAACAGUCAGAGGAGCUUCAGACAGUAUUCAGACCUAAUUCAAUGUAAGAAAUUCACCUCAGGGAAUGGAUGUUCCAAAUAUAGUGAAUGUAGGGGCUGCCUUAAAGAGAAGAUAGAACUCAUUCAGGGUCAGGAGACGCAUGUGGGAGUGAAAGUUCGGGAUAAUCACCGUGAGACAGCUUUCGGUUUGAUCCCAGGCUUUAUUAGUCAUCAGAAUAGCCCUGGAGAAAUGCCUUCUAAAUGUAAUGAAGAUGGUACAGGCUUCAUCCAUCACGUGUCUCUUAGUUUGCAUCAGAAAGCUCAUAUUAGAGAGAAAUUGCACGAAUGUAAUCAGUGUGGGAAUACCUAUUUUCAAAGGGUAGAUCUUAUAAAAACUCAAAAAAUUCACAGGGCAGAAAAGCCUUGUAAAUGCAAUAAAGUUGGGAAGGCCUUCCCCCAGGGAUUACCCCUCAUUUCACCUCAGAGGAUUCCUUCUGGAGAGAAACCUUACAAAUGUAAUCAUUGUACAAAGGUUUUCAGAAAGCCCUCCCAACUUGCUGUACAUCAGAGGAUUCACACUGGAGAGAAGCCCUAUAAGUGUAAUGAAUGUGGGAAGGACUUCAGAUGGAGAGCAAACUUUAUCAUACAUGAGAGAAUUCACACUGGAAAGAAACCUUACAUAUGUAAUCAGUGUGGAAACGUUUUCCAAAAGCCUUGUAACCUUGCUGAACAUCUGAAGAUUCAUACUGGAGAGAAGCCAUACAAAUGUAAUGAAUGUGGGAAAGCCUUCAUUCAAAGAGCAAAGCUUAUUGUACAUGAGAGGAUCCAUACUAGAGAGAAACCUUACAAAUGUAAUCAUUGUGGAAAGGCUUUCAGACAGUCCUCCCAUCUUGCUGUGCAUCAGAUGAUUCAUACUGGAGAAAAGCCUUAUACAUGUAAUGAAUGUGGAAAGGCCUUCAGACAGAGCUCAUCCCUUAUGGCACAUCACAGGAUUCAUUCUGGAGAGAAGCCCUAUGCAUGUAAUGAAUGUGGAAAGGCCUUCAGACAGAGAUCAUCCCUUAUGGCACAUCACAGGAUUCAUUCUGGAGAGAAACCCUUUAAAUGUAAUGAAUGUGAGAAGGCCUUCAGCCAAAAGUCAUCCCUUAUGGCACAUUAUAGGAUUCAUUCUGGAGAGAAUCCCUAUACAUGUAAUGAAUGUGGGAAAUCCUUCAGCUGGAGUGCAAAUCUUGUAGCACAUCAGAGGAUUCACACAGGAGAGAAGCCCUAUAAAUGUCACGAAUGUGGAAAGACCUUUACUCGGAAGUCGUUUCUUACUAUGCACGAGAGAAUUCAUACUGGACUGAAACCUUGUGAGGCUAUGUGAAGUGGAAAUACUUUUAACUGGAGAGAAGACCUUAAAAGAUAUCAGAAAAUUCAUGUUGCUCAUGAAGUUAUAAGAUGUAAUGAAUUAAAUAAAAAUUCUUACAUUCACCAUUUUUUGCUACACAAUAAUAUUCUAGUGUAUUCAUAGACCAUAAAUCUUCAGCCAUUCCUCGAUUGAUUGGCAACCUCUUUAUCUGAUGUUCUGGCUACAACAAAAAUUGCUGCUGUUAAUAUUUUAAUAUAUAGUGGACCUUUUAAUCUUAGACCGUGAACAAAAAGCUAUGAAUAUUUUGAUUAUUUUUCCUGGACAGUUCCUUUAGGUUUUUUUUUUAAAUAAAAUGUGGGUUUGUUUGUUUUUUUGUUGUUGUUGUUGGUAUGUGCUUGACAAAAUACCAGCAAAUGAGCAUUUUCAUUUAAAAAAAAGGAUUAUACAUAGAAAUAUAAAUUCCCAUUACAUAGAACUUUUUGUGGUUUUUGAAGAAAUACAUUAUUUUGUCUUCUGUAAUGGCCUCUAUCCCUUGUUUGGUUAAGAAUACAUCUCUUCUCCGUAGCUGUGAGAACUAUAUGAUCUCCUUUUCUAAUUUUUUAAUGCUAUGAUGUUAAUAUUAAGAGUAUGUAUCCAUUAAGAAUUUAUUGUUGAAUAAGGUAUAAUAAUUUGGUGUCAGCCUUCUUUCUAGUUUUCCCAGCAGUUUUUUAAUCAAAUAGAUAGUUAUUUAUGUUUUCAGAUUUAUUCAACACUGGGUUCUGUUUAUUUCUGAUUCUUCCAUGUCUAGGCUAUUUCACUGAUCUACUUCUCUGUUGUUUUUUUAAAUCAACACCAAAUAAUUUUGAAGAUGGAUGAUUUGUGGAGUAAUUUGAGGUCUUGAUAUGUUAUUUCCCUCUUCGUCCCUACCUUUUUUUCCACUGUUUUCCUUCGUAUUUUAGAUCCUUUGUUUCUGCAAAUGAAUUUUGUUAUUUUGUCAAGUCCCUUAAAGUAUCUUUUUGAUAGUUUAAUUGGUAUAAGAUUAAACCUGGAAAUUAACCUUGUUAACAUUGUUGUUUUUCUCAUAUUAGCAUGACCCAGCCAUUUGCACUAAGCAUUUCUCCAUCUAUUGAAUUUAUUUUUAUUGCUAUUCAGUAAUGGAAGAGCCACAGUGGGGUAUAUUGCAUAUGUUUUCAGAUUUUUUUUUAUCUGUUUAUCAAUUUUCCUGAUUUCCCCCUUUUUCCUUUUUUUCUUUAAAUAUAUUUGUUAAUAUCAGAUGAUUCUUGAAGAAGGGGAGGAAUAAAGGGGAAAAAUAUGGUGUUGUAAA